AAACGGCACAAAAGAAUCACAGCCGGAGGCUAGAGCUUGUUUACCCCUAAACACCGUCGCAAAAUCCAAGUUUGAAAGGGAGAGUGAGAGAGGAUGGCGUCGGGAUGGGGUAUCUCAGGGCACAAAGGCCGAUGCUACGAUUUCUGGGUGGACUUCAGCGAGUGCAUGUCUCGCUGCCGUGAGCCCAAGGACUGCACUCUCCUCCGCGAAGACUACCUCGAGUGCCUUCACCACUCCAAAGAGUUCCAACGAAGAAAUCGGAUCUAUAAGGAGGAGCAGCGCAAACUGCGAGCGGCUGCACGGAAUGCCAAAGAUGGUAAAGAGGGUGUUGACAAACAUCAUCAUUAAUUCUGCCCAUAAUUGGUCAUUUUCGUAGAUUCAAGAAUAAUGAUCGUACGAAGAUGUUGUAUCCAUAAGUUGCUUAUAUUAUUUUGUUUUUGUUCAUCCCGGAUGCUGUGCGCUUCUUUGGUACGUGCAACAAGAUAAAUAUCAACUUGUUUUUUGCUUGA